GCACUGCGUCGGCUUUGCCUGCACUGUCCAUCCACAUCUCUCAGUCUGGUUCAGUUCCAGACCCUUACACCUUGUCUCGCCUCAACUCAACUGCUUUAUCUCUCGGGGCCGCGCACACCUCCAUCGAGCCGCAGUAUCCUCGUUUCGCAACACCCACGACCCAACACACGCUCCGACAACCAUACAUCGCAUCUCAAUCCAAGCCGACAACAUGGCCAACGACGAAUAUGACUUCCUCUUUAAAGUGGUGUUGAUCGGAGACUCGGGCGUCGGAAAGUCCAACCUUCUCAGUCGAUUCACCCGCAACGAGUUCAACCUCGACUCCAAGUCGACAAUUGGCGUCGAGUUCGCCACCAGAUCCAUUCAAGUCGACUCCAAGACGAUCAAGGCACAGAUUUGGGAUACCGCCGGCCAGGAACGCUACCGCGCCAUCACCUCGGCCUACUACAGAGGAGCUGUCGGUGCACUCCUUGUCUACGAUAUCAGCAAGCACCAGACAUACGAGAACGUCACCCGAUGGCUGAAGGAACUGCGAGACCACGCUGAUGCCAACAUCGUCAUCAUGCUGGUCGGAAACAAGAGCGAUUUGCGCCAUCUGCGAGCAGUGCCUACAGAGGAGGCCAAGGCUUUCGCUAGCGAGAACCACCUCUCGUUCAUUGAGACGUCUGCCCUCGACGCCAGCAAUGUCGAACUCGCAUUCCAGAACAUCUUGACCGAGAUCUACCGAAUCGUAUCGAGCAAGGCCCUCGACUCGGGUGACGGGCCCCAAGCCACGAUCGGGGCUGGCCCCGGCAUUUCGCUCACUAAGCCUGCGGACGACAGCGCAGAGAAGGGCGGCAAGUGCUGUUAAGCGGCCAACCCCUUCUGCGAACCUGUUUCACGGCCUUUUUGGGAGGGCUACUACGGUCGAUAUCAUGGCGUCUCAAAUAUGCCCCCGGGGAUCUGUAUGUCACUUGGUCAUGGAGGGGCUGUUGCAUCGAGGAAUGACUAGGAAUCCAACAAGUCUUUUUGUGAUUUCCGAGGGGACGGAGUACAGUCUCGGCCUUUCCUUUGUUCUCCUUUAUACGAUCAGUGCGGCUUGUCUGGGAUUUGACGUUUCUGACGAUCGCUCUGCCAUGCUUACGUAGUUGAAUGAAUCCAUCUUAAUGCCUUGAGUGUCUUCUGGGCUGUUUCGCCGAUCUAGGUGCCUGUAGAGGCGCGGUGUGGUCUCGAGCGAGGACUGCGCUCAGCACGUCGCAACGCUAUGUUCUGUUGGAGCACCCGUUGGCAAACACGUUUGGAGAAGAACGAUACUACUCGGGACGUUUGCGUCGCGUCAUCGGCGACUAUACACAGGAGCCGCUCAUGAGGUCUAGCUCCCUGACGUAUCCUUUCCUCGGUGCACUCAGUUCACUGCUUGGCAACAGGUGUCCCUAGUAGCUAGAAAGUGGCUUGUCUUGCGCCGCUCGAAAAUCCACUGGCCAGCAUAGUAAAAUCAUGCGCCUUUUUCAACUUAAGUCUCGGCCCCCAAUCUGGGGAUCCCUCCCGCAGACCGUCAGUGUGAAGCUGGGGCACUCAAAAUUGAGGUGGGCUGCCAGCUUACCUGCGAUCCACAAAGCCUCUUUCCCUCACUUCGUUAGGUCGCGCUAGGUGCUCUAAAGUUCCUGCGGUGGGCGCGUUUUGGACUUGCCCCCCUCCAGAGACGCCUACUUCCAACUUCAGUGGUGCUCCUCUAUUCGACUUUCUGACACGGCCUGAGCAGGCCGCUGGAGAAGACCGCAGGACAUGACAUAUACACCUAUUGAGAUAAGAAAUGCAACGUCCGUGCAUGGAUGAGGGAGUCGUUGUU